GAACAGUGCUAAACGCAUAUAAAACGUCAAGUUUAUGAACGAGUUUUUGAAAUGUAGCAAAAUCUAAACGCUCUCAAGUUGCAUCGCAUUUUGUUUACAAAAUGGAAUUUCUUGUUUUUAAUUACUAAAUAAAUAGUUUUCAUUAGUGAUUUAAGUGAAUUUCUGCAGAUAUCAAAAGUGUUCUCUAGUAAUAUUGUGCAAUAAAAAUAAAAAUUUGCAAAAUGUCCGACGCCGAAGUCGAGGUUCCUACCACAUUCAAAAAGCGAGUUAUCCGAAAUAAAGGCGGCAGAAAACGUAAAGCUUCUAGCUCUGAAGAAAAGAACAGUUCAGACUCCGACGGACAGACCGUGGUGUUGCCAACCAAACGUCCACAGAAAGCCAAUCCCAAUAUCCAGUCUACGUCUGGACCGAAGAGCCAGAAGCCGAAGAUACAAAACGAUGAUAGCAGUGACGAUGAUAAGGCCAGCAACGCCCGUACAACGCUCUCAGUCCAACAACAGAGAGAAAACGCAACGGCCACGUACGAGCUAGACACGGAGCGGGACCGCGACGCGCAGGCCAUAUUCGAGAAGGCUCAGAAGAUCAACGAGGAGCUUCAGGGCCAGGCUGAUGAUAAGGUGUACCGCGGUAUAAACAACUACGCACAGUACUACAAGAAGCGAGACACAGCUGCGGGCAACGCCAGUUCUGGGCUCGUGAGGAAAGGGCCCAUCAGGGCGCCUGCCAACUUGAGGGCUACUGUUAGAUGGGACUACCAACCAGAUAUCUGUAAGGACUACAAAGAAACAGGCUUCUGUGGUUUUGGAGACUCCUGCAAGUUCCUUCACGACAGAAGCGACUACAAACACGGCUGGCAGCUGGAAAGGGAGGAAACUGAGGCGGCGGGAGGGGGGGACUCGGAUUAUGAAGUGCACAGUGACGACGAACUACCCUUCCGGUGCUUCAUUUGCAGAGGAAGUUUCACGGAUCCUGUAGUCACUAAAUGCAAACACUACUUCUGCGAGAAAUGCGCGUUAGAAAACUUCAAGAAGAGCAGCAGGUGUUUUAUAUGCAACGCGCAGACCAGUGGCAUGUUCAACCCCGCCAAAGAAUUGGAGGCCAAACUGAAGGCGCGACAGGACAGCGAUGAUGAUGAUGAUGAUGAUGAUGAUUGACGAAUAAAGAGUUUAUGAUCAUAA